AACCCGAACGAGCAUGACGCGUCGAUGCCGUUCGUGAUCGUGGCGUUGGAUUUCUUAUUUUUUCCUCCCGAAAACACCUUUCUCCGGUGAUUGUCGUGCGAAGCAGUGUGUUUUGUGACCGCUUUUGUGUGUUUUGUUGGUUCCGAUCGAUCCGCCUUGAAGAAAGCGGACAAAACUAGCGGAGAAAGCAGCAGCAGCAGCAGCAGCAAUAUUGCUUUUUGGAAAAAGUCCGGCGUGCAAAUGCGUGCGAACCAAUAGUGAACAGUUAAAAAAGUGUCUGUGCUAAACGCAAAUAUAGAAAACAAGUGUUGAAAAGUCUGCUGAAGAACAAGAUUGCAGUCCCGGGAAGCCCGGUACGACCGAGCUUGAAAUUGAUUUUGUGUAGAGCCAGAGGUCACAUCCCCCCGCUGCCCGGAUGUAAUUCCAGCGAACACCCUUCAAUUGCAACAUCUUCCCAGAGCAGCUGAACUUCCUCGCUACUCAUAUCUUCCCCGGCUUCCAGCAACGUACGGAAAGCUGGCAAAAACUAAGCGCUCGCCAGGAUUGUGUUUUCCGGCUCCGGACGUCACUCGGCUCCGGUGCACCGGAAAAACCGGAGAAGGAGGAGGAGUGCAGCAGUGUCAAGUACGCCGUAAUCCACGCACGCAUCCUUCACGCACGACUUGCGUCGACGUGAAUCUGGAUCCGUGCGGUUUUGCGAGCGUCCCGGUUUCCCGGCUUCAUGGAUAACAAUCUGUCGUCUACCGGACCGCUUGAAAGGUCACCAGUACACAAUCAGAGCAGCCGCAUCCCGACCACCCAGAAUGGCAACGCAGCGUCGCCCCGGCAGCACCAGCAGUCGCAGCAAACGACUCCGCAGCAGCAGUCGCAGAACCACCAGCAACACCACCACCACCACCACCAGUCCCCGCAGCGACCACAGUCACUGACACCGACGCGGGAAGCCGCCGCCAAUGGUUCGAUGGCGAUGCAAACGCUCGUCCUGACGGUGCACAAGGAUGCGACCGGCUACGGCAUGAAGGUGUCCGGCGACAAGCCCGUCUUCGUCGAGAGCGUCAAGCCGGGCGGGGCGGCCCGACGAGCCGGUCUCAUGCCGGACGAUAUGAUCCUGAAGGUCAAUGGAGCAUCGGUGCGAGCGUCAACCCACACGCAAGUGGUGGAAAUGAUCAAAGCAUCGGAUGUUGUUGAACUGACCGUGCAGCGAGGCAGCAACAGAAUGCAGCGUCCGUCGCCUUCCAGCAACUCCAUCGCGCCGAUGACGCCGAUUGCGCAGCGGAACAGCAUCACCGCACCGCAGCCGGUCGAUUGCGUCAAGCAGCGGGAGAUGGAGGUGCAAAAGAUAAACACGCUGCUGAUGAUGCUCGACCAGGAGAAGAAAACUCGGGAAAUCCUGAUCGCCAGCAACAAGCACCAUCUGCCGGAGGUGGCGCGGGCCGACGCGACAAUCCAAAAGCUCGAGAAGGAACUGCAGCAGAUGCGUGCCGAGACCGGCGCAUAUCCUGCGUUCAGCGCGUCUUCGAUCACCACGCCGCCCCUGUUCGCGCAACCGCAACCUCCGACGACGAACACCACGUCGACGCCGGCGUUCCUGUCCCGCUUUCCCCGCUCACUGUCCUCGCUGAGCCUCGGGACCAAGAAGAAGUCCAGCGACGCCAAAGAGAUCAGCUCGCCGACAGCCGCCUUCCUUCGCUCGCCGGAGUGCAUGAGCCCGGACGGUGGAGGACCCGGUGGCGGCGGCGGUCCCAUGUUUGGCGGUGGUGGAGGAGCGCUGAACAGUAGCAACAACAGCACCACAACCAAUUCCCCCGUUUCGUCGGGCACGCCGUCGAAGUCUUCGUCGUCGAAAAAGUAUAGCACCAGCAGUGCCGCCGAUCACCAUCCCCACCAUCACCUCCAUCAUCAGCAACAGCACCUUCCGCAUCUCAUGACACGAAGCGCCGGUGGACACUUUGGCAAGCAACAGACUCAGACGGCGAACACCGACAUACCGCCACCGCUGCCGCAGCGCAAUAACAUUCCAAAAAAGCCGGAGGAUAUGGUCGACACCACGACGAUGAUGGUCGGCUCCCGGCGUAACAUUCUCGUCUCCGACCUGGACACGCAUCUCGUCCUUUCUCCCACGUCGACAACGGCGACGGCGGCCACGACGGCAAAGGCGGCCGCGGCGGACACGGCAAGCCUCAACUCCGGUGCCUCGUCCGGUUCUGCCAGCUCGAAGUCGAGCAACAACAAAAACCGUAGCAAGAAGAAGGGUGGCGGCUCGAGCGGUAACAAUAGUUCCGCUAAUAGUAACAACAACAACAGCAACAAUAACAACAACAGUAGCACCAGUAUGUCAAUCGAUUCACCGCAGCUCGCGGACGGAAUGCAGACCGCCACCGCCACCAGCACGACGAUGUACCUUUCGCCGGCGGAUCGACUUGCCGCCGGAUCCGGUGGUGAGAUGCAGGCCGAACCGCCUCCCUUACCUCCGCGCCAACCGGGCAUGCUGGAGGUGAUCAACCAGAAUCUCAUCCUCAACAACGACAACGUUCAGCAGCAGCAACAAUUUGCCAACAAUGGCUCGGGUGGAGGAUCCCCAACAACAGUGACGAACAGUAGUGGUGGUGGUGGAACGCCAAACGGAAAUAAUAACAACGGUAUCAGCCACGGUGGUGGUGGUGGUGGUGGUCGGGGUUCGAUGGAAAUGCGCCCACCACCGAACAGCAUUAACACGCUGAUGAACUAUCCGCUCAUAACGACCUGCACCUCGGUGCGCGACAACAUGGCCGCCGCAUUCCCACUGUCCUACCGGCCGAACAUAGUGCACCAGAUGCAGCAGCAUCAGCAGCAAGCGACCGCGGCUAUGAGCCAUUCGGCAUCGGCAGCGCCCGGUAUCAACCAAUCGAUCAGCAAGAAGCAUCGCCGCAUCGUCUCGUCGCCGGAGAACAUUGGCUCGAAGGACUUCGGAAUGGUGGGCAGCAGCGAUCAUCACUCCGGCUCCUAUCGGCACCACAAGACGUCGUCGGACUCGUGGGACAAGCGUUCGGAAGUCACACCACCGGGCACACCGCCUCCACCGUACCUCAGCACCUCGAUGACCGGCCACCACCAUAAUCAUCAUCAUCAUCCGCAUCAUCAGCAGCAGCAGCACGGUGGAGGACACCAUCAACACCACGACCACUCGACUGCCGGUGACCUGGCGAUCGCGAGCCCUCUGAACAACAACAACAACAACAGCAACAGCAGCAAUAAUAAUCCUCACAACCAUAGCAAUAAUAAUAACAAUAACAACAACAACAGUAGUAGUCACAUGUCGUCCUACCAUCACCACCAUCCGCAUCACGUCCAGCAGCAGCAGCAGCAGCCGCUCGGGGGCGGUGGCUUGAUUGUGACGGGGCCAAACAGUGCCACCGGUGGGCCACCAAUCGUCGCGGCACAGGCGAACGUGGCCCAGAAACCGAUCAUCUCGAUGGAGGAUGACGACAUCUCGGAUCAGGAGAGCUUCAUCGAGGAGAACAGCCCGUUCCGUUCGCUGACGCAGCUGCUCGAGGCGGAAAAGUCCGUCUAUCUGGCGGUGUUUAUGAACUUUGUCCUGACCAACUCGGACCCGUCGGCGCUGCUGUUCUACUUGAUCACCACGCUGUACAAGGAGGGCAGCAUCAAGGAUAUGCGUAAGUGGGCGUACGAAAUUCACUCGACAUUCCUGGUGCCGGGAGCGCCACUGCUGUGCGCGAACGUGGACGAAGCGCUGGCGCGCGAAAUCGACGACGUGCUGCAGAAGGAAAACGACAAGGUAGAGAUCCUGCGCAAGGUGUUCUGGCGCAGCCGGCUGAAGGCGAAGGAAAGCAUCAACCAGCAGCUGCAGCAGUUUCAGACGAAGCGCACGGCCGGACUUGGUACGAUGUACGGUCCGAACGACCAGCAACUUCAGAUGGCCAAGGGUGACAAGGUGAAGGAGCAGCGUAUCGUGGAGGAAACACUGAUGCCGAAACUACAGCAGUAUCUUGACGAGCUUGAGCGAGAGUCUCCGAAGGAGGAUGCAAAGAAGUCGGCGCUCUGCUCGGCCCUCUCCACGGUUCUGCAGCGGUUUUUCGUUACCCGGUCGAAUCCUGGCGGUCCGAUCGACAAGGUGCAUCAUUUCGUCAGUCGAGAGAAAAGCUUCAAGAGUCGCCUGAUGGCCAAGAAUCGAAAGCAAACCAUCCUCGGACACUACCUGCACCUACAACCGUACUACGAGGUGACCCGCUGUAACCACUGUCAGAACAUUCUGUGGGGCGUCAGCCCCCAGGGUUAUCACUGUAAUAAUUGCGAACUUAACAUCCACCGGGCUUGUGCAAAAGAUCUGACCGAGUGCUGUCCCGGGCCGGCCAAUCAGAAGAACGACAGCAAAAUUACCAAGCUCAUGGAGAAAAUCUCUAGCCGGAAUCAUCAUCAAGACAAAUCUCGGCGUCACGAUGAUGAGGCGGCUGCAGAUGAUUCAACUGCUGGAGAGCGUGGGCCUAACAUAUCGCUGGCGCGCCAACCGUCGGACCGUCGGCAGGAUUCGAGUGGACUCCUAGCUAACACUAGCGGAACUUCCGACCAUCUCAACAGCUCGACGUCCGACGCCUACAAGCAUACGGUCGACGAUCAGUUCCGCGAGAGCAUCAAAUCCAAAUCUGCACCCGUAUCGGUCAACCGAUCGGAGUCGUACAAGGAACGAUCGCAAAAGAAAACUCGCACCACGCGACGGAAAACGUCCGAUCCGAGUCUGUCGAAAAUGGCCGAUGAACAAAAUGAGGCCUCCUCGCUGGCCAACAACAACUACUCCAGCAGUUCCACAUCUAGUCUUCCAUUGGCCCUGGACAGCCGGUCCACCUCGCUGGAGGCGGUCGGCGGAGGUCCCGGUGCCGCGACUGCGGUCUCCUCGGCUGGUCCAGCAGGAGCCGCCAGUGGUGUCGGAGGCGUGGGCGGUGUCGGCGUAAACCCAACGCACUCCCCAGGUGGCGUCCUGCCUGCGAGUGGGUCUACCAUUAGCGGUGGCACGGGCGCACUGUUGCACGGGGUCGUCGGGUCGAACGUACCGACGGCGCGCGAGUGGAUCGACAGCGAGGACGAGGGCACGGUGGAACCGGAAGCGGACUGGAGCUCGAACAUACCACCCGAGAUACUUUCCUCCAUCAGCGACCUAGAGAAGAAGCGCCAAGAGGUGAUCAAUGAAAUUUACCAAACUGAACGCAAUCACGUCCGCACGCUGAGGCUACUGGAGGGCAUCUUCAUGCGGCCGCUCCAGGAAUACGGUGCCCUACCGCACGAUCUGAUGCACCUGCUCUUCCCGCACUCGCUGAUUCACCUGAAAGAUCUCCACACCGCGUUCGAGUUCAAGCUCAAGCAGCGGCGCAGCGAGCACGCAAACGUCGUACGUGAGAUUGGCGACUUACUCCUGAGUAUGUUCGAUGGACAAACGGGUGAGGAGCUGAAGGAGCACGCGGCACACUUCUGCGCUCGCCAACAGAUCGCCCUGGAGGCACUGAAGGAGCGCCGGAAAAAGGACGAGCAUCUGCAGCGGAUACUGAUCAAAGCGGAAUCUCACAAAGCGUGCCGCCGGUUGCAGCUGAAGGACCUUCUACCGACGGCACUGCAGCGACUGACCAAAUACCCGCUGCUGUUCGACAACCUGUACAACUUCACCGUACGCAGUUCUCCGAAGAACGAGAGCGAAGCUCACGCCAUCCGGAAGUCGCUCGUGUCCGCCAAACGGAUCCUGGAUCACGUCAACCAGGCGGUACGGACGGAGGAAGAUAUGCAUAAGUUAUUAACAAUCCAACGCAAACUCGACAAGAGCGGACUGGAUAAGGAUGCUUCUAGUGAAUUUAGGAAUAUUGAUCUAACCGUACGUAAGCUAAUCCAUGAUGGGCCUUUAACGAUGAAAAAGAAUCCAGGUGUACAACUGCACGGACUGCUGUUUGAAGAUAUUAUGGUGCUGCUACAGAAGCAGGACGACAAAUAUCUUCUCAAGUAUCACUCUAGUCCCGGUCUCGGCGGCAGCGAAAGCAAGUACGCCGAAGGCCGUUUCAAUCCCAUCACCAAAAUCAAUCUCAUCCUGGUGCGACAGAGUGCUGUCGAUAAGAACACGUUCUUCCUGAUCAACACCAACGUCUCGCAGAUGCUGGAACUGACCGCACCGAGCAGCACCGAGUGUAAAACAUGGUUUAAACACAUCUCCGAUGCCGCCGAUGCCUACAAAGCACGUACCAAAGGAACGCACGAAUACGGCGACGACAGCAGUGGCGGUGGUGCCGGUCAUCCACCGAAGGACAGCUUCGAAACCGUCACCGAGACGCAGAAGAUCGAGCAGACGUCGACGCCGCUCGAGCGCAAGGACACGCAGUGCCGCGCCAUUAGCAGCAGUGCCGUCGUUGGCCAUCAUCCGCACCAGCAGCAGCAGCAGCAGAACCAGCAGUCCCCCCACCAUCACCACCAGCAGCAGCACUCGUCGAACGUGGGCCAUGGCACGGGUGGCGCAGCGGGAGGUGGAGGAGGAACACCAACGCAUGGUGCCGGAGCGGGCGGACGGAGCGCUGCCGCCGACGAAGAUCAUCAUUCGCACGGCAAGGGACGCCACUCGACCGGCGCAGGUACCGGUCCCGGAGGGGCGAACGCCAACGAAACGGAGGACAACCUGGAGAACGAGGAGAAGGAAAAGUUCAAGCGGACGCAGCGACACGGUUCGCAGGAGUGUAACGGUCGCUCGUCGGACGACGGCGAAGACGACGACGACGCGCCGGAAGACGACGAGCAUUAUCCACGCCGGGGGGCGGCGAGCGGUGGCCGAGGUCCGAACAAUACGCGCACCAUCACGCAACAGUGUUCGCUGGUGGCCCCGAGCGAAAUCCAUGUCAGUGUCAGCGCCACGCUGACCGCGGAACCAAUCCUAACUCCGGCAGAACAAAUGCGCCGAUACGACCAGCUGAUACAGAAGACGCUGGCCAGCAAGCAGCGCAUCGUGUGCGACAUGUUCAAAGUGCCGGACGAACACUUCCAGGCGAUAGCGGACAUUGCCGCCCAGCCCGAAGCACCAAAGGAACCGACCGACAUCGUGCUGGCCGCGUUCGCCUACGGCCAAACGCUGAUGGAGAUCCUGAACGAGCACACGCAAGUGACGGACAGCCAGCAGAUCAGUGCCGUUUCCACCUCGAUCUGUGAUGAGUGCAGUGUGCGCCGUGGCCGCUGCACCACCGGCAGCAGCAGCAACAGCAGCAGCAACAGCAACAGCAGGAACAUUCCGUCGACGACUACCACCGGCGCCAAAGACCCGAUCGAGCCGACCGGCCCGACGAUAGGCGGUCAGUCAGUGCCUUCCGCGUCAAACAACACAUCCCCCCCAUCCGCUCCCCAGGUUGCCGGCCAGCCGCCUCCGCCACCACCGCCGAUCGCUGUGGCCGUGUUGGAUCAGUCCGUCAACAUUACGGAGGACGAGGAUGGAUACUGUGAAAUCGAUGAAGUUAGAGCCGCCGCCGUGCUGAUGGCAGAGAACGAAAAGGCACGCAAGCUUACGGAAGCUUCCAAGCUCGCCGCUGCGGCCGCCGCCGCCACCGCUGUAGAUACCUUAGACGACGGUGUGAUUGGAGGUGUUCCAAAAUCGCCCGAGUCCCAUAUAGAAAUCAACGAGAACUACGACUCGACAGUGAGUCCAUCCAUGACCCAAAAAUACUCCGGACCGAUGGGGGUUGAGCUUUGCGGCAAGAAUCGGCUGCUCCACGCUACGUCCCUCGCUCCGACCGUACCGUGCCAUCUGAUAGCGAGCUACGUCACUGGCCUAAACGCCCAGAUUUCGCAACUCUUGCAUAAAAUUAGUGAAAAGGAUGUCGAGCGAGAGCAUCUGCGAAGGGAAAAUCAACACUUACGGGAGCUGCUGAAUGCAAUGCAUCAGGAACGUGUUUUAGAAUCGCAGGAAACCAACCAAGAACAGCAGCCUACGAAUGGUGAUGAUCAGCAGACGCAGCUUCCAGUGACGUCAUCGUCGACCGUGACGGCCGGUUCGGACGGGUCGACUAAUCAGCAGCAGCAGCAGCAGCAGACGGCAGUAACGGCACCAGUUGCGCCUUCAUCACCAUCCCCAACGGUGGAGGACGUCGGAAACGCUGCUGGUGGCGGAACCACGGCGGCACCACCGACCAACGCAACGGACUGAGGGGGUAGGAGAGAUUGUUAAAUUUGUUCGCAAUGGAAGUACCGACAGCAGCAGCAUUAACCUCGGGAUCGACGCCACCACAAACCUACUAGUGCUCGUUGAAGCAUAAGCAGCAACGCCUCUCCAGCGUGUGUCGAAUGGCUUAUCUCCGUUGGAUAACAAAAACAAAAAGCGAAAAAAGGAGUGCAAUUGGGAAAACGAAAAGUGUGGGCCAAAGCAGUUAAAAAAGCCUUUGGGUUCGGAAAAUGCGAGACACAGUUUCCUUACACCACUUUCAACUUUACUGGAAGAACCAUUUUCCUGUCGUCGCACGGAUCUCGGGCGAGAUAUGGGCUAUUCAUUAAUUUCGAGUGUUACGCGGCGAGGCUGAAUAUACGAAAGAGGAAAAUAGAUCGGUGUACCUUUUAUCCUCAAUUAUUUGUGCUUCCUGUGCCUGUGUUUAGAAAGGCAACGCAAAUUGUCGCACAACAAACACGGACGACACAGCACAGAAUAGAAAAAACACCUCCCCGGUAGUGAAUGAUGAUGUUGGGGAUAAUUUUCGUUUUUAUUGUAAUUUAAAGUCCCGUUCUCCGCUCCCAUACGCUCCCUUUCCCACCGCGCUCUGCACAACAACUCCAUUUUCGUGAACGGUGUGUCACUGUUGCGCUAAAACCCUUAACAAAACAGCAAAGUAAUGGAAACAAAAUAUCAUCUAAAUAUGUGUACUUCUUGUUCCUUCUUUUUCACACACAUCGCUACAUCCUGUUUCCAUUUUUCUUUCUUUACGUAUAAAGUAUACGGCGCACUGUUGUAAUUGAUUUAUUCGUCUGUAAGUCUGCUUAUCAUCGCGGUUGCGGAGCUAAACGCGACCGGCUCUGGCGCGCAUGUUUGGUUAUGAGAAAAGAAAGCAUUAUUUUAUUACAAUCAUAAUUAAUAGUAACAUUAUUAUUAUUGUAUUAUUAUUAUUAUUUUUAUUAUUAUUACUACCGCUAAUGUAACGUCGAAGCUACUAGCGUAUAACCCUGGCAAACACGCCGAAAACCGCUCGAGUAUCGGGAUCUUCCGCCAGAGGGUUUGCAAUGAAAAAACACUGUAUGAAACUCAACAAAACGAAAACAAAAAAAAGUAAUAAACGUCGAAAAUAUAUGCCGCCCGGUGUCUCUUAGCUUUUCCGCUUGUUUACCUUUUCUGGUACCGUGAGUACAUUUAUAUAUAUAUUUUUUUUUAACUUUUCGCUUUUUGUUUUUCCUCUGGGUUCUGUUCGGGCAGCCGCCACGGCUCAGCUCGGUCCGCUGCUUUGAAGAAAAAGCCUUUUUAGGAUGUAAAUAAAACGAAACGCCUCGAUGCACGCCUUUUAGAAAAUUACAAUCAUACUAAGGGGACAGUCGAGACGAACUAAAACAACCCUUACCUUACUUAUUGUGAUGAAUAAUCUUUUUAUUGUUUUUCCUUCUGUUUAUAACCUAGUUCUUUUGUUCUUUCUUUUAUAUAUUGUACGCACGAGGAGAAAAAGCUUGUCUGGCUAAACUGGCCCUGUUACCUUGUAAAUCAAAGAAAAUGAUUUUGUUAGCUUAAACUGCACUCAAAAACUGUAUAGAAAUUAUGCUUUAUUUCGAAAUGCUACUGACAAGAUAAACUGUUUGCGUGAUUUAAAAAAGCAACCCAUGUUCAAGUUUUGUCCUUCUUGUCAAGCGAAGAAAAAUAAACACAGGAACGGGAAAGGAAAUGCAAGCCCACAACAUGUGGGAUGUGAGGAAGCGAGGACGUGCUAAACGUAGAACAAUCAACCACUACCGACACACCAACACAUUUUCCAUUUUGUAGCACAUAUUUGUAGUAACGUAACCUAACCGCGAUGGCGUAGUCUUAUUGUAAUCGAUUUGGACAUCUCUGCUGCACUGUGAGCAACGGUUUGUGCUUGUGAUAUUUGUACGGACGCUGCCCGCAUGGCCUACUGCUCUGGCUGCUUUCUCGCCUACUGCUUUUGGGAAUUGAUUUUCCUUUACCGUUCCCCAUGUGAUUGCAUUUAACGUUUGCAAUUUUGAAAGAUUCAACUCCAUUUCGGGCAAAGAAGCAAACCAAACUGUGAGCAGUACCCAAAUGGCGGCAGCGAACAAAAUGUGUUGAUACCAUGUUAGGGGAAGCGUUUAAUUCUAGCAUUUAAAAUAUAGUGUGACGAGCAGAUUCACAUACACACACAUACACACACACACACAACCCUACUAGUGAGAGCAUGCCUUAUUUUUGAAAGUAACACACAAUUUUGCAAACACUUCGUUACGUACGAAGUGGGAACGGAAAUUGCGACGGAAUUGGCAAUGAUCGGAACGAUUUGUCUUAGUUUCCUUUAAAUCGAUGGUCCCGUAGGAGGGGGAUAUAAAAAGGAGAAAAGUUUGGUAUUAAAGCAAUGUGUGUGGGCGUUGUUCGUUCCACCAGAUACAGCAGCAGUUUCUAAUCUCACCCUUCGAAGCGAAUAUGGAAUUGAAACGAUAAAAAAAAGUUUGGCAAAAAAUGAAGUAUUGAGAACAUGUACUGUAAAACUGUAUUUAUAUCAGAUAAAAACUGUGGUUAAUGAAUUCCAUUCGUAUGAAAUAACCAAUAUUUAUGUAAUGCUUUUUUAACUUCCAAUCGUUUGAUUUGAUAAACCUUAUGCUGAACGAAGUGCUAUACAAUUAUGGCAAUAUAGGGCAAAGUUGACGAACGAUAAAAUUAAACAAGUUUUCAGACUUUUACAAAUUUCAUUAUGUAAGCGCAAGCAUGCCAUGGAAUAAUAUUUGGGCUUGGAAUGGGAAAACCGUAUGGAGAACAAUCUGAAGCGAGUAGCGAAAGAGGAAUUGAAAUACAAGAGUAUUAUAAAAUAGACUUAAACAAUAUAAACUAGACUGCAGAGAGAUCAUCCAAUCCCAAUGAAUAAAUCGAUCGAUCAAUCAAUCAAUCAAAAAAAAGCAAAACUAGCAAACAAGUAGUAAGCACGUGUUGUAUUAUAGAUCCUUGCAUUUAAAAGCAAAACACACAAUUGUAACGCCACCAAAAGCACAGAGAGAAGCAGGUCAGGGGAAAGGCGGCAUAAUAUUGUCCUUAUAUACUCGUCGGAUACUUUAACACUUUGCUGAACUACAUUGUUGCAGGACAACAUGGCGAUUGAGAUAGAAAGGGAGGAAAUAUAGCUAACACAUGCUAACGGCUGAAAAACAACCAUUAACCUGUUGUUAGCAUAUACAACUAUUGUAAAGCUCUAACAAAAAAAAACAAACUGGCAUUAUCUAUCUCCCUUCUGAAUGUUUUCGUUUCGUUUAAUUUUUGGGUCAAGCAAUGAAUUUAGCUUCCCACCUUUGAACAAAAAUCGGUUUUUGGAUGUGUUAGAAAAAUUUGCGAAAAGAAAAAAACUUGUGAAGUUGAAGGAGACACAAACAGAAGUCCCUCAUUCCGAAGCGAACACAAAGUGGGGGGAUGAAAAUGGAAAGCAAAGCGCGAUCGAUUUUUCAUGCAAUGCUAAGGAGAGGCAUCUCCUGUUUGUAAAGAGAACCCGUAUGAAUAC